AUGGCGGAGGAGGAGAGAGAGGAACCGGAGGCGACGACCGUCGCGGACGAUGCCCCGGAGGAGGUGAAGGAGUCGUCGCCGCCAUCGCCUCCCGCGGCGCCGAGCGAUGGGGUGAAGAUGUCCGGGACCGUGAACUGGUUCAACGUCGCGAAAGGCUUCGGGUUCAUCACGCGCGAAGACGGUCAGGGCGACAUCUUCGUGCACCAGUCGGACAUCUACUCAGAGGGGUUCCGGAGCUUACGAGACGAAGAGCCCGUGGAGUUCACGCUCCAGGAGAUCGGCGACGGGCGAUACAAAGCCGUGCACGUCACCGGCCCGAACGGCGCGUUCGUCCAGGGUGCGCUGCCGAGGAACUCGUAUCGGCAGCGAAUGCCGUACGGCGCGAACGCGCGCGGCGGCGUGCCCAGCCCCGGCGGCUUGAUGAUGCCCCCGGGCGUCCCCCCCGGAUGGAACGGCGCGUACGGCCCGGGGAUGGGGUUCCCCCCGGGCGUAUCCCCGCCGUUCGGAGCUCCGGGGUACGGUUACGGAGCCCCGGGCGCGUACCCGCCGCCGUGGGGCGCGCCGCCGUGGGACGGCGGCGGCGGCGGCGCGGGGGGUCCGCCCGGAGCGCGCGGCGGGACGCCGUGGACGGACGCGACGGGCGCGGGAGGCGCGCCGUCGCUCUCGCCGGCGGCGGGUCCGUUGGGGGACUUCGGACCGGGGAACAACAAGCGCGUCGUGGUGUUAAAUCUGCCGUUCUCGACGACGUGGGAGGAGCUGAAGGCGACGUUCGCUAGCGUCGGGUCCAUCGCGCGCGCGCACGUCGCCGUGGACGAGACGGGGAGGUCGCGCGGGUACGGCACCGUGCGGUUUCAGACGGAGGAGGACGCGACGAGCGCGAUCGAGAAGAUGAACGGCGCGGAGUACGAGGGAAGGGUCCUCACGGUUCGGAUGGAUAAGUAUCAGAACUGA